GAUUACUAUAUGCUGGUUCCCAUAGCAUUGACAAGUUGGGGAUGUGUGUGGUUUAUUUUAAGGUCUCUCAAGUGUUUGAAAGCUGGCUAGGAUGCAUGAUCUCUCAUCAUCAUAUUUUGUUGAUUAUACAAAACUGCCUUGAAGGUUUAAAAAAACAAACAAACAAAAAUAUUCAACACCUCUUCAGGUUUUGAAUUCUGGUGAGAACUGUAAAGGUUCUGGAGGACACAGUAUAGUGUUCCCUCACUGUAAAAACUGGUUCAAUAGUCAUUCCUAAUUCAGCUGUAACGCUGAUGGUUGGGUAAGUACAGAUGAUGGAGCCUUGCAAGGGCAAUUAAGCAGGAAUGUGCAUUAAGUGGUCUGUACAGCGCUGCUGAAAACCUUAGCUUGGAAGCACUCAAGCAGGUUUUCUGUCAAUAAGGUUUAAGAGCAUUAAGAGAUGUUUGUUUUAAUCGGGCUUUUCUAACGUGCAAAAAUUGCAAUUUGAAGUCUUUAAAUUAGUUGUACCUCUUCGUGCUAAAUUCUUCAGCGGGGCAACAUCAUAGCCCAGAAAUUUGGGUGCCAGCAGCCAUUGACAGGUACCUUUGUGUGUUGGUGGCAUUAUUGCAAAGGCCUCAGGCAUGACUUGUGAAAAUCGAUGGUGUGAUGUUUUCGGAACACUGUUGGCUUGCACAAUCACAGGGGCGGGAAAUCCCUCUGUUUGCAGUAGUGAUUCAGUUGAGACGUGCGUUUCUGCUCAUGUUGUGCAAACCUCAGUGUACAGCCCCGUUUGGGUGCAGGAUGCCAGUGUUCUGCUGUGAGCGGUAUCAAAUGCAACUUGUGCAAUGGAUAUUUAAAUUUAUUUGUAAAUACGGGCUUUACUUCAGUGAUUAUUGCCUGUCGUCUUAGCACUAUGUUGUUCGGGAUUGCCUUUCCAGAAGAGACUUCAGCAAUCCCACUUUUUCUAACUGAAUUACUAACAUGGAAAUGUUUUCAAUUCUGUUAAAAUGUUUUCCCUUAUGAUUAUGUGUAGUUGCAAAGGGAAUGUUACAGCUUCAUGAAAACAUGGCUGUUUGCCUGUUUCAAAUGUGUACGGUACAACCUCUGUUACGUUGAUGACUUGGAAGAGAAAGUUUUGUGACAUCAAAACGUUUGACUUUAUUGCUUAUAUUCCUAGGUUUGAGUUAAACAACUAACUUCUGCUUUUAUUUGGCGUUGUAUCUGCCUACAACAAAGGAAGAAACCACAAGUUUUACGUGUUUUGUCUUUUGUUCGCUGUUUAAUGACAUUUCAGCUAAGUGAUCUGUGCAGUGAAGCCAGUGAUUCAGUAAUGUGCUGUUAGGUCACAGGAAACUGUGCCUGUGGCAAUCUGUCACUUGGCGCUACCGUUUCCAGAGCGAGCCAGAGUCUGAAGAAUUUGUUACGUGUUGUACUUGUAAGCUCUUGUCAAAGUAUCUUCCCUCAGUAAAAUCAGAUACUAGCUAGGCUGCAGUAAUUGAACUGUUUCUCAAGAUUUCUAAUCUAAAUGGACUAUUUAAGCUAUCUUGGCAUUUGACUUUGCAAAAUGGCUUGUCCUACUCGUUUUUUGUUAAAUGUUUGACUUCCUGACAUCUUCAUUUUCAGAGGCUGCAAUUUGGGUUUGAUCUCUGCCCAAGACAGCUGUUUAAAUGAAGGGCCUUAAAUUAUUGAAAUUGCAGGAGGAAAGCUUUUUAUAUUCUCUUUAGGCACGUGUUCAACUGAACUUGUAUCAGCAUUUAAAUGGAAUCAUCUUGACACAAAUGAGGCAACCCUCUCAAGCAUGUGCAGUUCAUUGCUGGCAGAAAUAGCCGUGGUACAUUUUGGGGGGCUUGGGGUUUUUUUUGUGGGUGCUAGAAUUAGCAGUAGUCUGCUAUCAUACUGAUAUGUUGAUCUGUGUUCCCUGUUCAGCUUCUCUGAUCUUUGGCAAAGAUUUCUUUUUUCUUUUUUUUUUUUUUUUUUUUUUUUUUUUUUUCAUUUCAGAAGGGCUUGCUUGUGUUUGUUACCUCAUUCUCAUGAACUCAUUUUUCUGAACUAUAAGCAGUCUUUGAUGUGGGGUAACUGCUCUAAAAUCCAACUGCCUCGUUGGCUAUAGCUGAGCUGAAUAAUCUUGGUGUAGGAAAUAGAUGAUGAUAGAUGUCAGGUCUUACACACAUUUGCCUCUAAGAGUGGGUUUACCCCACAUUUUAAACAUUUCCAUCGUAGAUUGUUUCAUGGGGCUUGCAUAGCUAGCCUGCUUGACCUGGCUCUUACAUGGGACUCUUAGCAAACUCACAAUCACCUAAUAAGCUUUCUGAAGGCUCAAAAUAGUCCUUCUGCAUCAAGUCUGAUUAGAAACUAAAACUUCCUUUUUAAAGAGAAACAGAUCCGGAAUUUAAGAUACACAGGUUUUAACCCUUAGUCUGUCAUUCUUCCAUAUUGUAGCAGGUGCCCAGACUUGCAGACUGUUUGCUGCUUGGCAUUUGGUGUUUUCACCCCAAAUCCCCCUUGGAACAGGAGAGCUUUCUAGCACCAAGUUUAACGGGGAUGUAUUCCUGUGAGAAGCUUCUGCUUUGGACAAAUUGGUGUUGCCAUGCCGAAGAAGGAGCUCCUGAAAGACCGUAUUUAAUUCUGGCUAGUCUGGGAACAGGUGAGUGCAGGGUUAGCAGACGCCCUUGUCAAGAAGCAUAUAUUAACUCGAUGUAAUCGGGAAUGAGUUGUAUGUGUGGGGAUGGAGAGGGAAGCAGCCAUAACUGUUCCUCCACGUCGGGCAUUAUUUGGUGCUUUGAAUCAAUUCGAGGCAACUCUCUUGGGGCCAACUUAUAGGUAAUAUAGCUGCCAGCUUCUCCUCCGAAGCCCUGGUAAGCUAGUUUUGCUAGUGCUUGGGGAGGAAUCGUGAUAUGUGAGGUGGCAACGAUUUGGAGGCACUUGAGUCCCAUGAACCCUCCUGCGAGCAAGAAGAACGCGGGCUCCUCGAACACUUUACGCCGGUGCUUUUUCUGCCCCCUACCCCUGUGGCAAAGCUGCCUGCUCACGACAUUUUAUCCUCGAAGCUGCAAAACUCCACUCUGCGUCUGCUGUGCUGAGACCUGCAGCCGGUUUAGAAGGCUGCAAUCUAUUUGUAAGUUCCUGUUAGCUACAGGCUGAGCUGCUAAGACUUAACUGCAGGCCUGGAAAUUCAAGUACGCAAGUAAGAGAGAGGACCCUGGAGGAUUUGCUAUGCCUGUGCUUGUUGCCCAAGCAGGGAAGCUCUUCCAGAUGGUUGUAUCCUGCACAGCUCUGCUGACAUCGGAUCAUCUUGUGGGAGCCUGGGCUGAUGCUGCUACGAGGUCAGCGUCUCAGCUCUGUCUUGGGAAGGAGGUGGGCAGAAAGGAGACUUGGAUGAAGAUGAUCAGACUCUCUUCCCUCAAAAUUCAUCAUGAACAGGGGUUCUUCCUGACCAGCACCAGGGUAAAUGGAGUCGGCAUCAGCUAGGGGUGAGCGUUCAUCUUCCAAACUGGCGUCGGGAGCGGCAGUGGGAUUCUCGACAUCCAAAAUCUCCGUGUCCUUUAUGAUUCGCUUAAUGCCCUGUUGUGAAACCAAGAUGGAGCCAGGAGGAAUGAGAAGCAAACCAGAAACCCCGCUUCCAACCGCAGCUGGAGCACUGCCUUCCUCGUCCUCUCCUGCUUGCGUGCCCGGGCAGCAAGCACGCUCCUUGCUUUCCUACCUCUGUUGGGUUUUGUAUCCUGGUAACAUCGCUCACGUUAAGGUGCAGAAAACUCCCUGCGGUCCUUUGAGCUGCUGUGAGGGCUGUCUGGAAAGCAUGAACAAAACUCACCCCCAGAGAAAUGGUGAUGUAGCUAUUUUGGAUUCAACGAAGUCCUUCUCUGGAGAAAGAGCAGACCGCUGCCGGCCACGCAGCGCCCGCGCGGGCUGCACGCGGAGGCACGGCUGCGUCUCCGCCGCGGCGCUGCUCGUCCUCGCUGCCGCCGUGGGCUCGGCGGUGGCACUGGCGCUCCUGCUACGCCCGCCAGGUUGGUAUCCCGACAGUCGUUAUUUUUUUUUUUUGGUAAGGGAGGCAGAAAAUUAUGUUGCCCUGUUCCUCGGCUCCGUUGUCCUGCUCCAUCGGGCUGUGGUAACUCUGGGUGGCACAGUCGUGCUUCAGACUACUGCCUCCAAUAACCGGACAGGCUUUUUGUGCGACGACAGAGCGACCUGCAUCCCAGCCAGCCAGGUCUGUGACAGAGUCAGCAACUGCAGGAGCGGAGAGGAUGAGCAGGAGAAACUCUGCGGUGACUUGCCCCGCAGCCUUCCGGGAUACCUGGUUUUCCGCUGCAGUAACCCCGCAUACUGGGUCUAUGCCGAUCAGAGGUGUAACGGGAUGAACGACUGCGGAGACUGCUCUGACGAGAUGGGGAGCUUGGCCGCCUGCCCCCCGUGCGGGUCGGAGUGGUGGAGCUGCAGCCCUGUGCUCUACGAGUACUGCUCCUGCGUCCCCAGGAGGCUGUGCCGGGACGGCGUCCAGCACUGCCUCGGCUGGUCCGAUGAGUACAUCUGCAGACCGUGAAGUCUUGGCACCCAGCAGCGCUGGAGACAGCAGGGCGCUUCCUCCAUCGUCACCUUGAAGCCUCGGU